AUGUCCGCGACAGGCCCGAUCAAGCUUGAAAAUACGGCGAAGCGUGACUUUCUGCGCUCGCUUGAGUCGCAGUACCAGCAGGAGUGGCAGCAGGCGCAGCUGUUCAAUGUGGACAGUCCCGUCAACGAUGAAGAGCUGCGCGACAUGUCUCCAGAGGAGGUGCGGGCCAAGUAUCCCAAGUUCUUCGCGACGAUCCCGUAUGCGUACAUGAACGGCAGCCUUCACCUGGGUCAUGCGUUCACUCUAUCUAAGGUCGAGUUCGCCACGGGCUAUGAGCGCAUGUGCGGCAAGCGUGCCUUGUUCCCCUGGGCGUUCCACUGCACUGGUAUGCCAAUUCGUGCGGCGGCGGACAAGCUGAUCCGCGAGAUUGAGCUCUUCGGCGAAGACUUCAGUGGCUGGGAGGAGCAGCAGGCGCAGGAGGCACAGCCCAAGGAAGAGCAGGGCUCGCAGCGCGUAGACAAGGCGACCAAGGGUAAGCUUGCGGGCAAGUCGACGGGGCUCAAGUACCAGUUCCAGAUCAUGGAGAACAGCGGUGUGCCGCGCGACGAGAUUAAGAAGUUUGCGGACCCAACGCACUGGCUGCGCUACUUCCCGCCGAUCGCCAAGCGCGACUGCAACGACUUUGGUCUGCGCAUCGACUGGCGUCGCGCCUUCCUGACGACGGAUGUGAACCCGUACUACGACUCGUUCGUGCGAUGGCAGAUCAACAAGCUGCGCAAGAUGGACAAGAUCAAGUUUGGUGAGCGCUACACUAUCUUCUCGCCCAAGGACGACCAGCCGUGUAUGGACCACGAUCGCUCCGACGGCGAGGGUCUGGGUCCCCAGGAGUACACUGGCCUCAAGAUGGAGGUCGUACAGUGGGGCGCCGAUGCGGCGCCGCUACUGGACGAGAAACUGCAGGGUAAGAAGGUGUACCUGAUUGCUGCGACGCUGAGGCCCGAGACCAUGUACGGCCAGACGAACUGCUAUGUGGGCCCAAAGAUCGAGUACGGUGCGUACAAGAUCAACGACACGGACGUGUUUGUGUGCACGGAGCGUGCGGCACGCAACUUUGCGUACCAGGGCAUUGUCAGCGAGCGCGGCCGCGUCGAGUGCCUCGCGCAGGUGCCUGGUGCAGCGCUCGUCGGCACGCAGGUGCAAGCGCCGUUGGCUGUUCACGAGACGGUGUAUGUGGUGCCGAUGGACACGGUGCUCGCGACAAAGGGUACGGGUGUGGUGACGUGUGUGCCAAGCGACUCGCCGGACGACUACGCCAUGCUCAUGGAGCUGCGCAAGAAGGCCGAGUUCUACAAGGUCGACCCCCAGUGGGUGGCCAAGGAGCCUGUGCCGAUCGUGCAGGCGCCCGGCUACAGCAACAUGAUGGCGGCUGAUCUGGUGAAGCAGCUCAAGAUCCAGAGCCCUAAGGACAAGAAUCUGCUGGCCGAGGCGAAGGAGAUUGCGUACAAGCAGGGCUUUUACCACGGUGAAAUGCUGCAGGGCGACUUUAAGGGUCAGCCUGUGCAGGAGGCGAAGAACAAGGUGCAAAAGCAGAUGAUCGCUUCGGGCCUGGCGUUCGCCUAUGCGGAGCCAGAAGGCAAGAUCACGAGCCGCAGUGGCGACGACUGCAUUGUGGCGCUGUGCGACCAGUGGUACCUGGACUACGGUGAGCCAACAUGGAAGGCGCAGGCCGAGAAGCUGCUUGCGCAGAUGAACACGUUCCAGCCCGAGACGCGCCAUUCGUUCGAGGGCGUGCUAAGCUGGCUGCACCAGUGGGCGUGCGCGCGCUCGUACGGUCUCGGCUCGAAGCUGCCGUGGGAUCCACAGUUCCUGGUCGAGAGUCUGAGUGACUCGACGAUCUACAUGUCAUACUACACGGUGGCGCACCUGUUGCAGGGCGGCGUCGAGGAUGGCAGCCAGGUUGGCUCGCUGGGCAUCAAGGCGGAGGAGCUGACGGACGAGGUGUGGGAGUAUAUUCUCGGCUCGGGUGCGUUCCCUGCGAACACAAGUGUACCGAAGGACAAGGCGGACGUGCUGCGCCGCGAGUUCCUCUACUUUUACCCGAUGGACCUGCGCUCGUCGGGCAAGGAUCUGAUCAACAACCACCUGACGUUCUGCAUCUACAACCACGCUGCCUUGUUCCCUGAGGCGCUGUGGCCGCGUGCGAUGCGUGCGAACGGCCACCUGAUGCUCAACGGUGCCAAGAUGUCGAAGAGCACGGGCAACUCGCUCUCGCUACGCCAGGCCGUCGAUAAGUUCGGUGCGGAUGCGACGCGUGUGAGUCUGGCAGACGCAGGUGAUGGUAUCGAGGACGCCAACUUUGAAGAGAAGACGGCGAACGCCAACAUUCUGCGUAUCCACACGCUCAUCGAUUGGUGUGCGGACGUGAUGCAGCAGAUCCGCGACGGGAAGCUGCGCACGGGCGCGCUUGACUCGUUCUGGGACAAGACGCUGGCGAAUGAAAUCAACGUGGCCAUUGUUGCGACCAAGGACGCGUACGAGCGUGCGGCGUACAAGGAGGCGUCGAAGAUUGGCUUUUACGAGUUCCAGACGGCGCGUGACCUGUACCGCGAGGCGACGGCGGAUGUCGGUAUGCACGCGGACCUAGUGCGCCGCUGGAUCGAGACGCAGGCGCUGCUGAUUGCGCCGAUUGCGCCGCACUUUGCGGAGCACGUGUGGAAGUCGGUGCUGGGCCACACUACGUCGGUGCACGAUGCGCGCUUCCCCGAGCCGACGCAGCCAGAGGACGUGGCGAUGACGGCGGCGGCGCAGUACGUGCGCGGCACGAUCAAGACGAUCCGUGAUGCCGAGAUUGCCGUGACGCGCCGCAAGGCCAAGGGCCCUGCUGCGCCAGCCAAAUACGACGAGCGCAAGCCCAAGGAGGUGUCGAUCUUUGUCGCGGAUGCGUUCCCCGCAUGGCAGGACACGUGUGUGAGUGCGGUGCAGAAGCACUACGACAGCGCAACGGGCCAGGUGGAUGACGUCAAGGUGCGCGAGGAGGUUGCUGCGGCAGGUCUGCUGAAGGACAAGAAGGCAAUGCCAUUCGUCAUGGCGUUCAAGAAGCGUAUCGCCGAGUUUGGCCCGGAGAUGGCCUUCAACCGCCAGCUGCCGUUUGACGAGACAGCGACACUCAAGGCGGCGACAGGCUACCUGAAGAAGACGCUCAACUUCCGCGACGUGCACAUCGCGAGCGCCAAGGAGGCGCUGGCGCGCGCGGACGAGCUCCAAGGCCUGCGUGGCUUUGAUAAGCAGGUGGUCGAGGGCGCCGAGCCAGGUACGCCGUCGUUCGCGUUCUACAAUGUCGAGUAA